AUGGACGAAGCUGAGCAGCAAGUAGAGAACCAACAUCUUCUCCCACUGCUAGAAGCUCUGAAGAAAGCUUCUAAAGACCUACAAAGCAACCCCAUUUCAAUUAUAUACAACAAUUACGAUAUAAGCACCGCCAUUGAAGCUCUUCUAGAGCUCGGAACCAAAGCCGACCCCGUUAUUUCCGUAGACCCAAGUCUCUUCAAGCUCAAUCAGUUGCUCAGCAACCUCAAAACCCUUUUCGAAAAGCUCGAAAAACUGCAGGGCUAUGGCCUCCGGUCCCUCCUCCACCGCCAAAUCACCAAUUACAAAAUUUCCCAAAUUGGGUACGCCAUGGAAGCAGAGAUUCAAGCGUACGUAGAUCAGAAAGAUGUUCAAAGUUUUGUGAAAACUAUGGAAGAGUCUGUCGAAGACGAUAAAAAGGUGAAGGCUUUGAUGGGUUUAGAGAACAGGUUGGGCCAAGGGUUUGAUAAACAGUAUCAGCAAUUAAUUUUGAGAGCAAAGGUAUUUUCUUUUCUUGAAUUUAUGGUUUGUGACUCAAAGUUUUCGAAUUGGGUUCGAGACCAAGCUGCUCUUGCUGUUCUUGAUCUGGUUAAAUUCAAUAAGGAUGUUUUUGUGGGAUUGGUGCUGAUGGGUCCGAUUAUUAGAGCUUUAAUUCAAAUGGGUUCAUCUUGUUCGAUUCAAGUCCUCACUGGACUAGUCAAAAUCAUCAGAACCCCUCUGGUUGAUGACAUCAAUGGAGAAAUCCCAAGAAUUAUCAGCCUCCUGGGCUCUGAAGACUUGUCAACUAAAGUGGCAGCCAUGAAUUGCAUUCUUGAAAUUGCGUUUUUGGGCAGAGAGGAAGUGAUUGGUUCAAUGCUUGAAGAGGAUCUGAUCAAGAAGCUUAUGGGUUUGCAGAGAUUGGAGGUGGGUUUGCAGUCCAAUGUGGAAGAAAAUGGAAGUGUUUUUGUGGAGGAGAGAGAGCCAAAAAUGGAGGAAAGUGUGGAGAAAUUUCCAUUUUCAAGGUGUGUGGCAAGUUUUGCAGUGCAAGUGGAAGUUGGAGAAGGAUUGGAGCAGAGUGAGAAAAGAGCUUUUAAAUUGGAAAUACUGAAGAGAGUGAGAGAGGCCUCUGUUUCUGAUGCAGAGGCAGCUACUGUUGUUGCAGAGGUGCUGUGGGGUUCUUCACCUUGA